AUGCCCAGAUCAUCAGAGCCAGAGCCCACACGGCACUCUCUACCAUUGCGCGCGCUCACUCCCUCCUCGCCAUCCUCUCUGCGAUCACCCAAAGCUUUAUACAUACAUCACUCUCACCCUAUUCCCUAUCUCUCCAGCGACUCCGACUUCCUCACGCUUUACCUCUACCAGCAACUCGGCGCUAGACAUUCAGAGCCAAUCCGUUCAAGCCCUCGAUCCCCCUCAUCCCAUAUCUCCGCUCCCUUCCUCCUCCUCCCCUGCUCCUCUCCUCUCCUUCCUCAGUCACCCUCAGCACCCGAGCUUCAGUCUCUUAGCUCUCGACGCCAGAACCAGAAAUCCAGGACUAGGACUAGGACCAGGACCAAGACGCGCGCGCUCUCAAUCAACGCUCCUCCUCUGCUCUCACUCCUCGGUGCUCGACCUCACGCUGUUGACAUAGACUACAAGUACCCAGGAACUCGUCCACCUCCCACUCAUCUUCCCCCCUCAACUUCCAACCUUUACGCAACGUCAACAACCUUCUCUCGACAUCACUGCACACCAUCGCUCGCAAGCUCGUCGACGUCAACGGUAUCUGAAUGCACACCAGCGCAUUCUAGUACUCCACAAACCCCUGCUCAUCUUACGUAG